AUGUGGACAGGCGUCACUUUGCUCAUAUUCCUGGUCAUGAGCGAGAUCCCGCUGUAUGGCAUCACUGCGUCGGACUCCUCCGACCCGCUUUACUGGCUCAGAAUGAUGCUGGCCUCCAACAGAGGAACAUUGAUGGAGCUGGGUAUAUCGCCAAUUGUCACCUCCGGCAUGGUUUUCCAGCUGUUGCAAGGCACCCAGCUGCUCACUGUCAACAUGGAGAACAAGAAGGACCGUGAACUGUUGCAAAUCGCACAGAAGAUCUUUGCCAUUCUGCUCUCUGUGGGACAGGCAACCGUGUACGUUCUGACCGGAAUGUAUGGUCGUCCAAGUGAUUUGGGCACCGGCGUGUGCUUGCUGCUGAUUUUGCAGCUGGUUUUCGCCGCCAUGGUGGUUAUUCUUCUGGACGAACUGCUGCAGAAAGGCUACGGUCUCGGCUCGGGCAUUUCUUUGUUUAUGGCCACCAAUAUUUGCGAGCAAAUUUUCUGGAGAUGUUUUGCUCCAACCACCAUCAACAGAGGCCGUGGAACAGAAUUUGAAGGUGCCGUUUUGGCCUUUGUCCAUCUUCUGUUCACUAAGAAGUCUAAAAGAGCUGCCCUGAUUGAGGCCUUCUACAGAGACAACGCCGCUAACAUGUUCCAAGUGAUUGUCACCAUUCUGGUCUUCCUUGCUGUGGUUUACCUGCAGUCGCUCAAAGUCGAGCUUCCUGUCAAGUCCACCAGACAGAGAGGCCCAUACGGUCUGUACCCAAUCAGACUGUUCUACACCUCAAACAUGCCUAUCAUGUUGCAGAGUGCUCUGACCUCCAACAUCUUCAUCAUUUCCCAGAUGCUCUACACCAGAUUCCCAAACAACGUGAUUGUCAAGCUGCUUGGUUCCUGGGAGCCAAGGGCCGGCUCCCAGCAGCUGUUUGCCUCUUCGGGCAUUGCCUACUACAUGCAGCCUCCGUUCUCUCUGACUGAGGCGUUUUUGGACCCAAUCAAAACCGCCAUUUACGUUAUAUUUGUGCUGGCCACCUGUGCAUUUUUCUCCAAGACCUGGAUCGAGGUUUCUGGCUCUUCUCCUAGAGACGUCGCCAAGCAAUUCAAGGACCAGGGUCUGGUCAUUGCCGGCCACAGAGAGACCUCUGUUUACAAAGAGCUGAAGAAAAUCAUUCCUACUGCUGCUGCGUUCGGUGGAGCCACCAUCGGUGCGCUGUCUGUUGUCAGUGACCUCUCCGGCUGCCUGGGCUCUGGAACGUCCAUCCUCUUGGCCGUUACCACCAUUUACGGCUACUACGAGAUGGCUGCCAAGGAGGGCGGAUUUGCCAAGAGUGUUGGAACUGGGUUCAGUGAGAUGAUGUGA